CUUUCCCGUCCCAAUAACAAUCAUUGAAAACGAACAGCAACCCCCGAAGAUUGUCACUUCAUCAGGCCUUUAUUUUCAACAAAUCGAGUCAACCAUGACAGAAUUACGCCACCGAGGAGCGACGGAUAAAGAACUGCAGCAUCAGAACUCGGAGGAUAAGGGCUCUGAAACAGAGGGCAAGGAGAGAGAUGGAGCCUCGGACAAUGAGACCAAGUCAGACUCUGGGGUUCCUGAGGUUCCCGUUUCUGCCGAUGACACACCAGAGGUUCUCAACAAAGCCCUCUCUGGCCUUUCCUCACGAUGGAAGAACUGGUGGGUGAGGGGCAUCCUCACACUGGCUAUGAUCUCCUUCUUCUUUAUCAUUAUUUAUCUCGGUCCGAUGGUGCUGAUGAUGAUUGUGCUGUGUGUUCAGAUCAAGUGCUUCCAUGAGAUCAUCACAAUUGGUUACAGCGUGUAUCACUCUUACCACCUGCCCUGGUUCAGAACACUAAGCUGGUACUUCCUGUUGUGUGUGAACUACUUCUUCUAUGGUGAAACGGUGACAGAUUAUUUCUUCACGCUGGUGCAGAGGGAGGAGCCUCUACGCAUCCUCAGCAAAUACCACCGCUUCAUUUCCUUUGCCCUGUACCUCACAGGGUUCUGCAUGUUUGUUCUGAGCCUGGUGAAAAAACACUAUCGCCUGCAGUUCUACAUGUUCGGCUGGACUCAUGUGACCUUGCUGAUUGUGGUGACUCAGUCCCACUUAAUCAUUCAUAACCUGUUUGAGGGGAUGAUCUGGUUUAUUGUGCCCAUCUCCUGUGUUAUCUGUAAUGACAUCAUGGCUUACAUGUUUGGCUUCUUUUUCGGUCGCACCCCUCUCAUCAAGUUGUCUCCUAAGAAGACGUGGGAGGGGUUUAUCGGUGGCUUCUUUGCCACGGUUGUUUUUGGAAUCCUACUGUCCUACGUGAUGUCAGGUUACCGCUUCUUUGUGUGUCCUGUGGAGUUUAACAAUGACUCCAACAGUUUCACAGUAGACUGUGAGCCGUCUGAGCUCUUCCAGCUGCAGGACUACGGUCUGCCGCCUGUACUGAAGUCCAUCACGGGCUGGACCACAGUAAAGUUGUACCCAUUCCAGAUCCACAGCAUUGCCCUGUCAGCAUUUGCCUCCAUCAUGGGACCUUUUGGAGGCUUUUUCGCCAGUGGCUUCAAAAGGGCCUUCAAAAUCAAGGACUUUGCAAACACCAUUCCAGGUCAUGGAGGAAUCAUGGAUCGUUUCGACUGUCAGUACCUUAUGGCCACAUUUGUAAAUGUUUACAUCGCCAGCUUUAUAAGAGGGCCAAACCCCUCUAAAGUCAUCCAGCAGCUUCUUGCUUUGAGACUAGACCAACAGCUCCACAUCUUUAACUCGCUCAAGGCUCAUCUGACAGAGAAAGGCCUGCUCCCUGCCCUGGAAGAAGCAGCCUAGCUUUUCGGACCACCCCACCGGAGUAGGCUGUGGAUAGAGGGAGGAGAGAGAGUGCAACGGAAGCAGAUCCAGGCAUGUAUGGAAGUGGGAGAUGAGAUGAGGAACAUAAGAAGGGAAACAACAGAAAACUGAACCACAACCUUGGGUCAUUCCAUUUUCAGUGUGUUUGUGAGAAAGAGUGUGUGUGUUCAUUCAAAUCAGUGUUUUUGCUUAUUUUAUUUUUUGUGAAUGCUUUAUGCUUAUCUCUUACACCACAAAAUAAUAUUCUAUAUAUUAAGAUGACGUUGUUGUUACAGUUCUUUGUGAGUUGAGCUGUACAAUUCCACUUGUGUACAAAUGUUCUGUACCUAUAGAUCGUCUGAAUAUUUUAUAGUGUUUAUUAUGUUUUAUUUUGUUUUAAUGCACUGCUCAUCACAC